CCGAGGAGCGCACAAAACACGCGAAAACACCACAGCAGUACGCUCGCGAGCGCCUCACACGCAUUUAACAAAUUGUCUUUAACUUUAAACUCACAACAAUCAAAACAACCCUUUAAAAAAUUUUAACAAAAAAAACUAAACUAAAAAUCAAACCAGUGUUUUAAUCAUUAAAAAAUACUUCAAAGCGUUUCACGAUGAAACUCGGAUUGUUUGUCGCGUUGUUACUCUUAGUCGGCAACGUGGAGCGCAUCAAGGCGCAAAACACUCUCAUCGAAGCCAUCCCGGAACCAAUCAACAAGGAAAUGAAGGAUCCACUGGACUGUCACCGAAGUACUUACACCUAUCGUGUGACUCAAAGCGAUGCAGUUGGGAAACAAUGCUGGGAUACUGUCACUGUUAUGGCUUGUUGGGGAAGAUGCGACUCAAACGAGAUUUCCGAUUGGCGUUUCCCAUACAAGUCCUCACACCCUGUCUGUGUCCACUACGGUCGUAGCCAAGCCGUAGUCCAACUGCGACAUUGCGAAGAAGGCGCCUCUGAAGAUGCUCGUCGCUACGAGUACCUGGAGGCGGCCGGCUGCCGCUGUCAGUUGUGCUCAUCGUCGGAUACAUCCUGCGAAGGAUUGCGAUAUCGUCCGCAUCGUUCGCAUCCCGAUCAACUUGGAUUCCGCGCUUAAUUUCAGAGAGAUAUAAACUUGAUUUA